CAAAGCGCGGGGUACAUGCGAUGGCGCUCGGGAAGUGCGUUCGCCGUGCGCGUUCACGCCGGAUACCGCACCGUCGUGCUCGCAAUCACCUCGAUUUAUCUACUGCAGGAAUGUGUCUAUGCGUAUCAGGAGCGUAAUGAUAUGACGAAGCUUUCUCGGGUCAUGUUCCUUCUGCUUUGUCAUAUCACCUCCAUAGCUAAGCAGAUUGUAUUUCACACGGAUGCGGAUCGGAUCCAUGAAAUGAUUCAGAGUUUAAAUGAUCCCAUUUAUAACGAGUCGAGCGGAUAUGCGCAGUCGCUGCUGCACCGCACGGCGCGUGGCGCUCGUUUUUUGCUGAGUGCAUAUACCGGCUGCGCCGUGCUCACGUGCAUGCUUUGGCUGUUAUUUCUUGUGAUGCAUCGCAUCGCUGGCCGGUCCGUCGAAUUUCCAUUUUGGACAGGCUUGCACACAGACAGACCCUUUGUAUUUGUGCUGGUACUACUGUACUCAUUUUACGUCACGACUUUAGUCGGUAUUGCCAACACGACAAUGGAUGCCUUAGUGGCGACUAUUUUGUAUCAAUGUCAGACUCAACUAAGAAUUCUAAGGAAUGACUUUCAGUCGUUACCUGAAAAGGCUAAAAAACUGAGCAACAGAACAGGAGAGAGUUACGAAGCAGUUCUGAUGUCUUUGUUAGUAAAGUGUUUUAACCACUAUAAGCGAGUAACUGAGACUGCGCGACUACUACAAGAUAUUUCGGGCGUAACUAUAUUAGUGCAGUUCGGUAUUGGAGGCUGGAUUCUUUGCAUGGCUGCCUAUAAACUAGUCAGCCUAAACAUAUUAAGUAUAGAGUUUGCGUCGAUGGCGCUCUUCAUCCUUUGCAUUCUCACGGAGCUCUUCCUCUACUGCUACUACGGGAACGAGCUAACGGUAGAGAGCGACCGCAUCGUGUGUUCGGUGUACUCGAUGCAGUGGGUGCACACGCCGCACCGCUUCCGUCGAGCGCUGGUGUUGCUGAUGCAGUUCAUGCGUCGUCCAUUGCGGCCCGCCGCCGGACGCGUCAUACCACUCUCCCUGGACACUUUCGUUAAGAUUCUUAAAUCUUCUUACACAUUCUACGCUGUUCUUCGACAAACGAACAAGUAA